AUUUUCUUAUUAGUCCUCAUUCAAUUUCAGGCCAAAGAGAAACAAAUGGCGACAGAUGUUCUCAGCUUCAGGGACGAUAGUAGUCUCGAGGACUGGCAUGACUUUGAGGUUCUAGGUGGUGGAGACGAGCCCAAGAUUCUUAUCAAGAAGACGAGUAUGCAAUCCGUAUCCGAGAGGCGGAUCUCGGUUGAUCCGCAAUCGCUAUUGUCCAGGAAUGGGAGCUUCGAUAUGAUAGUCUCACGUCCGAGAGACAUCGAUGACUUGCCGUUGGAUCAUCAAAUGAAGACGAAGUUUGUGAGCUGCAGCCUCCCAAACUCAGCAGCUACGUCACCUAGAAAUAGCUCUAUUCACAACUGGAAGGACAGAACAACUGAGCAAGUUCUUGACCUAAUGCUCGUUCAAGAUGCAGCCACUGCGUUUCGAAGAAGCAAAUCUUGCGGCGAAGGACGUGCUUGCACACCAUCGCUCGAUUUCGACAUGCUAUUGCAUAAAUCAAGAAAUGCACAUCAUAAUCAAAAUCAUCAUCGUGGCUUCUCUUCCUCUAACUCUAAGAGUCUCUCUCACAAGAGUAGUGGAAACAACUCUUUCUUCUCCAAAACAGAGUCUAACAAAAGCAACAGAAGCAAUAGCAAUACCGCGAAUUCGAAAAGCAUCAAUUCAUUCGAAGACGGAUUCAAAUGCAGCGCUUUGUGUCUAUACCUACCCGGUUUCAGCAAAGGAAAGCCCGUAAGAUCAUCUCGAAAAGGUGAUUCUUCGUUCACCAGAACAACCACGAUGACUUCCUCUCAAUCGAUGGCAAGAACCGCUUCCAUUAGAGACACUGCCGUGCUCUCGGCUCGAGCCUCCCUAGAGCGGUUCGAGUGCGGUUCUUGGACAUCUUCGGCUAUGAUUUACGAUGACAAUGCCGAUCUUGGUGGCCAUUUCUUCGACUUGCCUUCCGAAUUGAUCAAAGGUGGGCCGGGAGGGAACGAUCAAGACGAUCCUGUUUCAGCUGCUUUCGUGUUCGACAAGGAACCUAAUUUGGACAAAGAGAUCAAAGGUGUUUUGAAAACGUCUGGUUCGAAAUCAAGAAGAUCAAUGGAGUCACCACGUCACGUUCGGUUCUCAACCUCGUCGCCGGUUUCUUAUCCAACGUCUCCGACACAUUCAAUCACGCCACGGUUGCUACAAGCCACCGAGGAUUUCAGUAGUUUCUUGGAAGCUCAAGCCGUGUGAAUAAUAAAUGGACAGUUUUCACUAUUCUUUUUUUUCUUUUAUUGAAUUUUACCGAAUGAAGUUAACACUUCUUCUCUUGCUGAAUAUUUUUUGUAGCAAUUGCCAUUCGAGAGAAUUAAAACUUUUCCAUUGUAAAAAGAAU